AUGAUUGCAAAUGAUAAAGAAAAAGAACGUUACAUGAAAGAAUUAGACGAAAUUUUUCAAAUGCCCAUUAUUGGAUGGGAAGAAGAAUUGGCUACAUUAAGAAUAGAAUUAUUAGAGAAUAAAAUAUUAAACAGAUUUGAGCAAAAGAAUAGUGACAAGGCAAAAAUUCAUGACUGUAUUAAACAAUCACAUUUUUUUGCUGAAAAUCGCUUAGAUGAAUGGUUUGAUUUAAUUAGAACCAUUGCCACAAUCAAUCGAGACAUAAGAUGUAUUUCAUUAGAUGAUAUUACUAAAUUAAUUUUGCGUUUAGUUGAUUUUGACGAUUUGUCAAUAGUUAAAACCAUUAUCGUUGAAAAACGACCGGAACAAUGGUUAUUUGAAUUUUUAUUUGCACGUAUAGAAUCUAAUAUAUAUACAAUGCUGUCGAACAAUGAUGAUGAAUUAAAAAUUAAAUUUUGCCGUUUGAAAAGAACAUUACGUUUAUGCAAUAAAGUGACAGUUCGAUUUUUAGAAAUAUUUGGUUAUCUAGUAUUAGAAUAUAAAAAGGAAUUAUCUGGUUCAUUCAAUCGUGAUUCUCGUAUGUUUUUAAUCGAACUCAUUGAUUUAGUCAUUGAUAGUGAAGUGUAUCUAGACGAAAUAUUAUUAGAUAAACUACAUUUAAAAUCACUGCCAUUAUGGAUAUCACCUCUUGAGAAAAGAAAAUUAGUUCGAGAACUAGAACAAAUUCCACUAUUUUCAGAAUCUUUAAGAGGAAAAUUUCAUACUGUUAAUUAUUUGUGCAAAAUAAGAGAAGAAUAUGGAAAAGAUCUUUUAAAACAAUUAUUAAAUCUAUUUCAAAACAUCGAAUUUACGAAUGAAAAUACUAUAAAUACAAUUAGACGAUUGAAUGAUUUAUUAGAGAAAUUAGCUUACGGUGGCUAUACAUUAGAUAAGGAUAGUUUAACACAAUUAAAUGAUAAACCAUUUGAUCAAUGGGAAAAUGUUUUAAAUUUAAUGAGAGAAAAAAUUGCUGAAGGAGAAAUAAAUUAUCCUCUAAGAAAUCUAUUACAAGACGAAAGUGUUAUGGAAACGAGAAUACAUAAAUUAUUAGAAAAUAUCAAUUGUUACUUUGAUGAGAGAUUCAAUGAAGAAGAUAAAACAUUAAAAUAUACGAGAAAAGAAUCGAAAAUUUGUGAUGAACUAUCAAAUAUUCCUAUUAUGAAUUGGACUAAAGAUAAUAUUCGACAAUGGGCUGAUAAAUUAAAAAAAGAAAUACGUCUGAGACAAAUAUAUUUUGAUUGGAAAAAUGAAUAUCGUGCGGAAAUUAUCUCUGUCAUUGUAAGAGCCGUAAAAUUCUACCGUAGCUAUUCACCUAGAAACACACAAUUAAUUGCUUUAGCUAUAUUCGUAGAUCCUACGGGAUCUAAGAAAGGUCGAUUAGAUAAUAUAUCAACAGGUGAAGGCAAAUCAUUGAUCACUGCAAUGUUAGCAACAGCACAAGCAUUAAUAGGCGAAAAAUUUGAUAUUGUGACAAGUUCGAAAGUGUUAGCUAUUCGAGAUGCUAGUGAUGAUUCACGUGAAGGAUAUAGAAAAUUUUUUGAAUUAUUUGGUUUAAAAGCAGGAAAUAAUUGUGAUGAGGCUUGCGAUGCUACUGGCACAGGUGAUAAAGAAAGAAAAGAACGCUAUGAACAAAAUGAUAUCAUCUACGGAGAAACAGGUUAUUUUCAGAGAGAUAUUCUAUUAACGAAUUUUUUCAAUAAAAACAUACGAGAUUGUAUCGGUAAUAGUUUAAUUGUUGAUGAAGUUGAUAAUAUGGUUAUUGAUAAUGCUGAAAAAACAUUAUACAUCUCACAUAGUAUUACUGAUAUAAGAUAUUUAUGA